GGCGAUGCGGUGGCCGCGACCGCGGUUCGCGCCCAAGAGCGGCAGCCGCCUGUCAGUGCUCAAGCUGGCGACGCUCGCAGCGCUGUUCCUGCCGCCAAUACUGUACGUCGUGUCCUUCGCGCUCACGCUGGCGGUGAUGGGCAGCCCCGACUUUGUGCGAGCAGACCGGCUGUCCGUCGGGGUCGCCGAGACAUCGGGGCAGUUCACGAACCGCACGCAGCACGCGUCGCCCUUCUUCAGCUGCACGGCCACGGUCGGCAACGAGACGGACCCGGACUUCUUUGCCGAGAGCUGCGAGAAGCGCGCCUUCUUCGUCGGCGCCAAGGGCCUCGACGCCUGCCGCGCCGACUUCUUCGACGUCACGCGCAUCUGCCCCAAAAUCGUGACUGCUGCCGAGCUGUACGUCGCCGCCUCGGUCCUCGCCGCCGCCGCCUUCCUCUCCGCCGCCCUGUACGCCGUCAUGGCCGCCACGUCGGCUGGCAUAGGCCCGCGCUACCGCGGCUUGCCGGUGGCCGAAGACGCGCGUCCCGUCGCUGCCGCUGCCGCUGCUUCCACCGAAAAACCAGCGACGAGCCCUGGGCCUCCCACGGCAGAGGUGCUGAACCGCGCGCUGGGCGCUGUGUCGACCAUGCUUGGCGUCGCGGCCAGCGCGUGCCUGGUCAUGGGCCAGGUGCUGGCCGUCAGCGCGCUCGUCAUCGAGGCGUCGCCGUCCAUCUCGCAGCCGCUGAUCGACCAGUCGCGCUGGUACAUGUCGACGGGCGCCCUCGACCACACGAGCGCCGCCUACGCGCUGGCCCUGUUUGGCGCGCUGGUGGCUGCUACCGGCUGCGGCGUCCUCUGAGUUCAGGGGGUUGUGUAUGUUAUCAGGGGGUGUUGGUGGAGGCGGAAAAAAUUAUCAUGUUCACUUUUUUAUAU